AUGGGUGUUUGGUGCUGGAGUAUGCGGCAGGAGGAAGGCGGCAACACCACCGUCUUUGACUACUCAGCCCACCUGGACUACUGGCAGCUGAUCGACAGCUUCAGCCUGAACCAAACGGAGGACUACGACUGGUACCAAAACUUCGCCGAACCGUGCCGGUACACCUUUUGUUCCACCUUCAUCCGCGGGAUUCCAGCUUUCCUAGGGAUCAGCUGUACCCUGGGGAUUGUGGGCAACGGGAUCCUGGGCACUGCCUUGGCCAAAGGCCCUCGGUUCUGGGACCAGCGCCGGCCAGGCAAGGCGGAGCUUGCUCUGCUCGCCAUCGCAGGGCUGGUUUUCGCUUCCACCUUGCCGUUUUUCGCCCUGGGCAUCGGCUGGAAUUGGGCUUUUGAAGACCGCCUCUGCCAAGCGAUGCACGGACUCAAAUUCGGCAGCGUCUUUGCCCAGGGCUUGCUGGCAGCGGGCACCGCCUGCCCGAGCCCCCGGGGUCUCCCCAGGCCGCUUCUGGCCACCCUGCUGUGGACCAUGGGCUUCCUCUGCGCCAUCCCAGCUGCGCUGGUGAGCAGCGCCGAUGGACUCUGCAUACCGGACCGUCUCGCCGCGCUUCACGCCUGGUCCCUGGUCCAUGCGAUCUUCUGCUUGGUGCUUCUGUUCCUUCUCCCGCUCAUCAUGGUCUCCGCCACCGUGGGUCUCAAGGGGUGUGGAGAGAGGGGGCACCCCCGUUUGAACAUCAGCUGGCUUUUUUAUCUUUUCUGGGGUCCCUACGGGGUGGCCGUGUUCCUGGACAUGCUUCAGAAGGAAACUUCGUUUUCCCAAAAUUGCAGGUUUCUGGAACAUCUCAAUCUCUUUCUGGGCCUGUCGGAAGGAUGGGGAAUGCUCCACUGUUACCUGUGCCCCGUCUUAAUUCUGGGGGUGGGCUUUUGUCGUCGAAAGACGGCCUAA